AUGGACUCAAAAACACAGUUGAAAAAUGUAUUGAGGAAAUUGGAGGAGCUUGACAAGUACGAAAAGGAUAGUGAGAGUUCAAGAGCGUUACCAAGCGCACGAGAACGCGUUGCCAAUGAACUUGAUAAAGUGUUGACUUUACACUUGGAAUGCCACAGUUUGAAACUAAACACCAACAUUGAAUCCAUUGGAUCCUUGUCGUUGUAUUACUAUUAUAAUAACGAACAGCAUCGUAACGAUUUGUCUUCUCUACCACAAGAAGACAAUACUGAAGAUUAUGAAUCAUCAUUGUUAUCGUCGCAGUUAUACGCUUACCAGGACAAAACUAGUUCUGGAAUAAAUACAUACGAUAAAUUAGCUGAAGACUUGGAUGAUAUUGAUGAUGAUCCAAACUUUGAAUGCAAUACUCUUGUAAUUGAUCGACUAUUUGAAUUGUUUAACCAUCUCAAGAAAGAGCUGCAAAAGGCAUCGAUUGAUCUUCAAGAAUAUACGAAAAAAUGUCUUUUAUACGACAAAGAGUAUUAUGCUAGUCACAGGAGAAACUCAGAUACAAUGGAAAGUAUACUUGAAACAAUUGAUAGUAGUCAGCUGCUUGAUAUAAGACAUCCCUUACUUUUACAAACAAACAAGUCUAUCUUUCAUGAUAUAUACACACACUACUCAAAGUUUUUUGAAACUCGUCAUGAUUUGCAAAUUGACGAAGUAGCUAGCCGCAUUUUGCAGGAGUUUGAAAAGAUUUGUCAUGUAUCAAUAUUCCAUACUGUACCUGUGACAGUUAAGAUAAUCGAGUAUUUGACAACGAAAGAAAAUGAAUUUCAUGAUGAGCUAACAAGUCUUGAAAAUGAAAGAAAUGAUUUGGUUGAUAAUCUAAGGAGGAGUGAAAAACUAUACCUUUUAAACGAUGUUGUUCAAGUUCUUUCCGAAUUGCUGUUGGAUGUUGAUGUGAAUUUUGCUACUCUAUUCAAAGCUUAUUAUGCAAAUGUUCAUCUCUACCCAGAGCUUGUUGAUCUUGAAGAUGUGCGUUAUAUUGAUAAGGUAUUUGAUCUCAUUGAUAAUGUACUGGGUCUAAGUAAAAUCAAUUGGACAAUUCCACAGUUUUUGGACUUGCAAAAUCGUUUGACUAAACCAACAAGAUCAAGGAUUGAAAUGGAACGGGAACCAGGACUGAAACCGGAACCGAAACUGGAAUUGAAAUUGAAAAUGAAGUUGGAAUCGGAGUUGGAAGUGAACCCGGGUCUAGCACUGGCGCUGGCGCUGGCGCUAGUAGAGGGACAAGAACCACUUCCAUUGACUGAUUUGAUGCGCUUGACUUCUUUUAGGGUAUCAACAAUUUAUAGGGUAUUCAUGAACAUAUGGGUCAAGAGGCUAAGAAAUUUACCAAUUAUCGAAUGGGAUAGAGAUGAUAGUCUAGUAAAGAAAAUAUGUCAACAGUGGCAGCUCAAGGCCGGGAAAUUAAUUCUUUGCAACCUUGAGGCACAACAAUAUCAUAAUUCUAAAUUGCAAUCUACGUAUUUAAAGAGAUUGAUGUUAGUUUCAACAAAGAGGAGAGCACAGGAACUGCAAGCUAAUAUCAAUUAUAUGCAGAAUAAUUUCCGAAUCUGGUUAAUGAAAACUGAGGUUGAGCAAAAAAAGAAUCAAGUGGCCAUUGAAAUGGAUCAGAAAAUACUUUUGAAAUCUCAAUUCAAUGAAUGGAGAAACAUGGCUCAAAUUCAUUCCAUUAAGGAUAAGGAAAUGCUGAGGUUGUGCGAUUUCUUCCAAACAAAUUCAGAACAAAUUUUGCUAAAGCAAUGUUGGCAAAUGUGGAAGAUGGGGGCUCUUGGUGAUACAAAUUAUAAUCUAUUGGAAAAAAAAUUGGAAGAGAAUAUCCAAAUGAAACUACAAGCUCAAAAGGCAAAGUUUUUUCGCCGAUGGCUCAAAUUGCACAAGAUGAAUACAGAUUGUACAAAUUUUGUAAAGCUUCUGCUGAUGCAGAGCUUGAACAAAUUAUGGACCAUAUGGGCUUAUAAAACAAAGAGGAUUCAAGAUGCUAAAAAAUUAGCUUCGAAACUGGCUGAAACUAAUAUGAUACAUAUUCUAAGGAAAUGGCAAACUAGUACUGCGUUUGCUGCAAAAGCUGACACUUAUCGACAUAAGUAUUUGAUAGAAAAUGUUAUUAAACAGUGGCGAUUAGCAACUAGGCUCAAAAUUUUCAAGCUCAAGCAGGCUGAACAAUUGAGAUUGACCUAUUUCAGAAUCUGGAUUUCUACUUGUACAGUCAAGUUGAAUCGAGAAAUGAGGAAUUAUGACACGGUGGGUUAUUUUUUUCACAAAAUAAAGGCAAAAGCAGCUAUACUGGCCAAAAAUAAACAAAAAGCAGAGCUGCAUUAUAAUUUGAAAUUGACAUCAAAAUACAUUCAUUAUAUGGAAGAGGUUUUACGAAGGAGACAGCAGCAAACUUUGGAUGUCAAAGUGCUUGCCGUUAAAAGGUUUUUUGACAAAUGGAAACAUGAAACGAAUAGAAUUGGGCAGUUGGCAGAUCAACAGUUCUGUGAACGGUACAUUCUUCGUAAAAAUUUGAUUCGAUGGCAUGAUCGAUUACAGAUGAAUAUCGAAUCACGUUUGCAACCAAGAGUUGAUCAUUUUGUGUACUUGCAACAACGGCUGAUUUCUAGAAAAUAUCUCAAGAAGCUAAGGCAAACAUUUAUGAACCGUGAGCUAAAUGCUCAGCAAUUGGAAGUUGUUGCCAUUGAGUUCAACAAUGCCAAUACCUUAAGAUCGAUUCUCAACUUCUGGGUCUCUCGAUUAGAAUUACAAUGGAACAUGCAGUACAAUGCAAUAAACUUUGUCAGUAUAGAUAAUACCCAAUACUGGUUCAACCGAUGGCUAUCAAAACAUUUUGCGCAAGUUGAAUUGGAGUCAAUGGCGAUAGACUUGGAAGACCAAAAUUUAUCCAGUAAAGCUAGGGGAUAUAUACAGAGGUGGCAUUUCAACUAUCAGAAAAGUAUACGCAGACAUAAACAAAUGGUUGACGAUUUCCGAGAAAAGAGUAACGGCAAAACGUUGGCAGCGUUUAUGGAUUUGUGGAUGCUCAAAAGCAAACUUCGUGCAGGUAAGCAUGAAGACCAAGACCAAUUUGAUAUGGGCAAUACCUCUUUUGGUAGUAAUACGUCGCCACUUACAAAGCGCAAUCAACUUCAAAUGGAAAGACAGAUGACUCCUGAAAAGAGGUUUGCAUUGAAAAGGACUAGCACUCCACAAGCUAAACAGCCAAGUCCAACAAGAUUACAAGAAACAACACUCCGUAGGAAAACCCAACAAACUCUAAGCUUAAGUGAUAGAUUGUCCAAGGUGAGACUACUGCCACAAGCUUCCAAAAUCUAUAAUCGUGCAGUUCCCAUAAGGCUAGAUUAUAAUGUGAGCCUAUCGCCACCGGCACAACUGAGUCCAAAGAAACCAACAAGUCCAAAAGGUAUUCCACAGCUACUGCCAAAUGAUGAAAACUUUGAUGAGCCGAGCUUAGUCAACACUGCUAAAAAAAUGGGCCGUAUUCAGCCAAUCAGAUUCCCCACCGACGACGACAACAAUGAAGGCGGAAGAAUUCGUUUCUCACCAAUAGGAAAGUUGAAACGCGAGUCAGAUGAAAACGUUGUUUUAUGA